GGGGGGUUGUGGUGGCCCGCGGCGCGCGCACAGCACCGGGUGCAGCCGCCGCCGCCUCAGCCGCAGCAGCGCCAGGAGCCGCCGCCCGCCCUCCUCCUCCUCCUCCUCCCGUUACCGCCCUUCCUCAUCCUUCCUCCUCCUUCCUCCUCCUCCUCCUCCCGGAGCCCGCAGCCUCCUCGCCCUACCCCCGGCCCCGCGAAGAUGGUGGACCGCGAGCAGCUGGUGCAGAAGGCCCGGCUGGCCGAGCAAGCCGAGCGGUACGACGACAUGGCGGCCGCCAUGAAGAACGUGACGGAGCUCAACGAGCCUCUGUCCAACGAAGAGAGGAACCUGUUGUCCGUCGCCUACAAAAACGUGGUGGGGGCACGGCGCUCCUCCUGGCGAGUGAUCAGCAGCAUCGAGCAGAAGACCUCCGCCGACGGCAACGAGAAGAAGAUAGAAAUGGUCCGUGCCUACCGCGAGAAGAUCGAGAAGGAGUUGGAAGCGGUGUGCCAGGAUGUGCUGAGCCUGCUGGACAACUACCUGAUCAAGAACUGCAGCGAGACGCAGUACGAGAGCAAAGUCUUCUACCUGAAGAUGAAAGGGGACUAUUACCGCUACCUGGCCGAAGUGGCCACCGGUGAGAAGAGGGCGACCGUGGUGGAGUCCUCGGAGAAAGCCUAUAGCGAAGCCCAUGAGAUCAGCAAGGAGCACAUGCAGCCCACUCAUCCCAUCCGGCUCGGGCUGGCGCUUAACUACUCCGUUUUCUACUACGAGAUCCAGAACGCUCCGGAGCAGGCCUGCCACCUGGCCAAGACGGCCUUCGACGAUGCCAUUGCCGAGCUGGACACCCUCAACGAGGACUCCUACAAGGACUCAACGCUCAUCAUGCAGCUCCUCCGCGACAACCUAACGCUCUGGACGAGCGAUCAGCAAGACGACGACGGCGGUGAAGGCAACAACUAGACCCCCCCCGCGAUGGACUGGCAGCCGCACGCUGAUGCUAACUACUGCAGUCUUUAUUUUUUUCCCACGAGUGGGGGGGGUGUCAGGGGUGGGGGGGGGACCAGGGAGGGGACCCCUUCCCAGGGAGGCCCCCCACUACCUGUCUUUGAUUGCCUCGUUGACAUUUUUGCCAAAACACCACUAGUGGAAGUCAGGCUGGCUGUGCUGGUAAUGGAAUAGCAGCCUCACUGGCAUAUGGACUGUUCUGUAGAUUAUUAAUACAAGUGGAGCUGUCUUUAAUUUAACUUUAUUGCUAGAAAUCAAACA